GGGGGGGGCGCGUCCUCGCGUUCGAACCCCGCAGUGGCGCGCGCCUCUCCCGCUUCCGGCCAAAACAAGGCGGGAGCUCGGGCACGACGAUGGCCGCUGGGGGCACGGGGCCCGCGGGCCGCGCCUCGCGGGGCCCCGCCUGGAGCGACGCGCAGCUCCGCGUCUACCCCUUCCCCACGGAGAGAAUCCCCAGCUUCCCGCACGACGACGUGCGCGCCGAGGCGCUCAUCGAUAACGAGGAGCCAGUGGUGCUGACAGGCACGGGCCUGGUGACCUCGGCACUCAAGUGGGACCUCCCGUACCUGUGCGAUCACCUGGGAACGGGCGACUUCUCGGUGUACGCCUCGCCUACGCACCGCUUCCUCUACUACGACGACAAAAAGCUGGGAAACUUUCCCACCUUUGUGCCACCAGCAACGCGGCAGAACCUGAAGUUCCCCGAAUUCCUCCAGACACUGGAGGCGGUCCGAGCGAGCGGUGGCAGGGACAGGUUGUACCUGCAGCAGACGCUAAACGACACGGUCGGAAAGAAGAUCGUGGUGGACUUCCUGAAUUUCAACUGGAACUGGAUCAACCGUCAGCAGGCCAAGAGGAACUGGGGCCCACUCACCUCAAACCUCCUCCUCAUCGGCAUGGAGGGGAACGUGACACCGUGCCACUACGACGAGCAGCAGAACUUCUUUGCGCAGGUCAAGGGCUACAAGCGCUGCAUUCUCUUCCCGCCUGAACAGUUUGACUGCCUCUACCCGUAUCCCAUUCACCACCCGUGUGACCGGCAGAGCCAGGUCGACUUUGAAAACCCAGACUACGAGCGGUUCCCGAACUUCCGCAAGGCAAUUGGAUACGAAACGGUGGUCGGCCCGGGAGAUGUUCUGUACAUUCCCAUGUACUGGUGGCAUCACAUUGAGUCUCUGCUGGAUGGAGGCAUCACCAUAUCUGUCAACUUCUGGUACAAGGCUGCUCCCGCCCCAAAGAAGAUCGACUACCCUCUGAAGGCCUUCCAAAAAGUGGCCAUCACACGGAACAUCGAGAAGAUGUUGGGAGAGGCCCUCGGAGACCCCCACGAGGUUGGCCCACUUCUGAAUAUGAUGGUGCGAGGGAGAUACGACAGCAGUCAAUGAGGACAUCAGUAUCUGUUAGAUAUAAUUCAGCACCUGAAAUCCCUGGCAACUAUCACACUAACUCCUUAAAUUUGUACACGAACCCGUUGUUGGCAAAUCGACUGUAGCCAACAUUACUGGUAUAUUUACUCAAGCUGGCUUUCGAUAAUUUGUUUUUGCAUAUUAAUAAUUGCACCCCAUGUGCAGUUUAUGAAAAAAAAGGCCUCAUUAUUCUUGCUAAGUGGACUCGUAAGUUUUUAUCUGCUGUUGUAUUCCGUGAUACUCUGUGAAAAUGGUCAUGGUUUUCUUUUAAGAGCGAUAGUUUUACAGAAAUAUAAUGUGGCGGAAGCUUUCGAAAGCUGUCCAGCUGUAGCACACGAAGGCAGCGUAUUUUGAGUGUAAAAUGAACACCUUUUCGAAUCUUGUGAGAAAUGUUCACACGCCUUACAGGUCAGGCAGUUACAAACAUCACGACCUCCAGUCUAUACUGCCAUCUCGUGGUGGCGCUGUUGUACUGUUACUGCCAAAUGGCGAUUUAGAUUGAAACGUUAAAAUUUUUUAAUGAAGGGUUUAUUUUGUUUCCUCAAUUAUUGGUAUUUUAGUUGUUAACGUAAUUUAAAUCUGCAUAUUUUUUAAAACUAAGGCCAAACCCAAACUUGUCAGACUCUUUACCUUGAGUCUCUCUUCACUCCUUGCCGGUCAUUUGGCAUCCAUGUCGCGACGAUCCUUCAAAUUCCCUUUCGGCCACCGUCCAGUCACUCGUGCAAUCCACAGAUCUCUCACAACUCAUCUCGACUCACACCCGUGCCCAUUCAACAUCUCCAAUAUCACGUGCACUGCUCUCGCUGCUGUUUCUCACCUGUCGAUUUUAGCAACCAAUUACCUCUUCAAUGUAUGUCUACUUUUGCUUCCCUGCACCACAUCAAUUCAGGUAACGAAUCUCCUUCCACCCCACCAGACGUCUUUUUUUGUUUGCUCUGCUCGCACAGCUUCAUGAACCUCAAAUAUCCGUCGAGAUCACUGUAAUUAUCUUGCCCCCUUUUUGAAGACUCCGUUUUUGUUUGCCAUGACAAACAUUACGAUGCUGCGGUUGUAAGUGCUAUAAAAUAUCAAGUUAUUUUGUAAAAAAAAAUCCUUUGCAACUGCAAAAAAAUUGCCCUGCGGUGGCAGCCUCUCAGCACUCUCCGACUUGCUUUCAUGAGGCGCUAAGAGCCGUUGAGAUGCGCAGUGUGUCUUCACGAGCGUGCCACGAGGCUUCCUCCAGCACUGACAAUUCUUGCCUUGCAGCUUCUCAGGCUGACUUUUGAUCAGGGGGAGGGAGGUAAACUGAAAAAAAACUCCCUAACUUUCGGAUAGUUAUUGUUUCCCUUCUACGUGACUUUACCGAAAGAACCAAGAAUAUGAAUCCCUGCAGUCACGAAAGCUUUAAAUCAAAGUUUCGGAUAGUUGUUUUACAAACUGUAAUGACAAAAAUAGGGCUCGUUUUUAAAGGUCUUGCCUUCAGUGUAAUUGUUCAUAAUGAGGGCCGUGGGUGAUUGUUACAGUGAGUGCUGUUUGCUCAGACCACUAACCAUGACACAAUUUAGUUUAUCAUUUGAAUGUAAUUUUUGAAUGCCAAAAUAGUGUCCUUUAACCAUAAGCAUGAUGGGAAAAAAAAUCUACAUAUCUUUUUAAUUUAUGUUUUGCCAGGUGCUUGAAACUAUCCCGUGUACACGGUCAUGCAAAAGCCUGAUUUUUGCAUAGUAAAAACACCAAAAACAGUUACAUCGUGGAAUAUUUACAAACAGCAACAUUAUUUCAAAUGGGUCUGAAGAUUUGAAAAGUUUACUCUGGGGUGUUUGUGCUCCCAUUUUGUGGCUAGGAGUAGCAGUGCUGCCAUAAACUGUUUGCCAUGACGCAAAUCCUAUGAAUACUUGCAUUUUGUAAAUGUUGUUCAUUUUUAGUAGCAUUGCGAUAUCAAUUUGAUUUUGAACUUUCUAAAGCUGGAAGCCACAACUCAAGUACAUUGAAUGUUCGAGUGAAUGGCGCCAGUUAAAACGUACGAAUGGAUUUUUCACUUCUGUUCGAUUGGGCAAGUGAUUUAAUGCCCUUUUUGCAAAUCAUUAAUAAAAAAUUGCCUGUGGUUAAACAUGA